UGUCAAGUGUCAGUGUCAGAAACGGUCGCUUGCUCCUUUCCUCGCCUCUUGAUCGCAUUUCAAUGUAAUUUAAACUAAUUUCGAUUUCUUUUUAUGUUUCUAAAUUUUGCGAAGAGAACUGUAUUAUAAAAGUUUAACUUGAUUAAAUUAAUCUGCGUAUUUAUACGCAUAGUAGUCCUAGUAACAGUAACAUGGUGUAAAAGAUAGUUCUUUUCGUUUGUGGUGUACCGAAUAUAUUGCCGAGUUUUUGGAUUUCUCUUUCUGGAAACAUAAUUAUAGAAGUCAUGUCUGUAAAACGGCAAGCUACGACUGAAUUGAACCACGACAACUGGGACCAGGAUGAUCCUGCCGAUCACGAAGAAAUGGGAACCUACAAAACAGCUCCGAAAGAUGUUCUUGAAAAACGUGUUAUCAGAACUGCCAAAAGAAGAUCGCAAUUGGCAACUGGAGAUGAGCCCAAGAAGAGUGUGUUCAGUGGUUUUGGAGGUUUUAACAAAACUCAGCCCGGAUCUUUUGAUUUCUUGGCAAAUCUAACAAAUGGUAAUAAGGCAAACGGUUCUGAAUCAAGUAAAACAGACAAUGCAGUAUCAUCAAGCAUUUUUGGUAAUAAAUCAACUGGAGAUAGCAGCAGCAGUGUAUUUGGCAGCCCGGCAUCAACCCCCGCACCUGCUAGUACAUUUGGAGCUCCGAGUCCACAAACUAGUUCUUUGUUCUCUGCGUCCACACCCACCACCAACACAACAUCCUCACUGUUUACCGCCUCAAAGGCCGACUCCACUGUGGGAGAUACAAACAAACCUACUUCAAGCCAAAACACCCCAAAUUUCGGAGGAUUUUCUUUUACUGCUAAAUCAACUGCACAAGUAUCUUCCUCAAUGUUUGGAACAUCGGCUACUUCCACCAGCAAACCUUCAAGCUCUACGGCCACCACUAACUCCAACUCAACACCAUUCAAGAUUCAAUCUGUGUCAAGCACUACUACUUCAAAUGUAUUUGGAGCUAAUCCUGUGAAGACAGAAAGCAAAGAAGAAAAGAAAAAUGACAACCCAAAAAAGCUAACCUACUACUCCAAACUGAAGGGGCUGAAUGAAUCAGUAUCUGACUGGAUCAAGAAACAUGUGGAAGAAACACCACUGUGUAUCCUUACACCAAUAUUCAAGGACUAUGAGAAUCAUUUGAAAGUUAUUCAGGCUGAAUAUGAAGGUGGUGAUACGGAUGACAAAAAGAAAGAAAGCAGUAAAACAGAAACAAAUACACCUGUAAAUGAUUCUUCAGGAAAGACUAAUGAUGCAACCAUACCUGCUAAACCUCCAAUUUCUAAUUUGUUCUCCAACAUCACACCUAGCUCCAAUGCUGGUUCAUUGUUUACUCUCAAUAGUAACACAAAUUCUAUCGGAGAUCAAGCAUCUACACCUUUCUCUUUUGGCAUGAAAUCUUCUCCAGUAACCAAUACUGCCACACCUCCAGGUGGUGGCUUCUCUUUUGGGAUAAAUAAGGCUGCUGAUGCAAAUGAAAAAGAAACUGAGAAUGCGGAUGAAGAUGCACCACCAAAGGUGGAAUUUACCCCAGUUGUUGAAGAAAAUAGUGUUUUUGAGAAACGCUGUAAAAUAUUUGUGAAAAAAGAUGGCAACUUUGCUGAUAAGGGUGUUGGCACCCUGUAUAUUAAAAAGAUAGAGGACAGUGGUAAACAUCAGCUUAUUGUUCGUGCCAAUACCAACCUGGGUACUUUACUUGUUAACUUGGUUCUUGGCUCUGCCAUACCCACUCAGAGGAUGGGUAAAAAUAAUGUAAUGAUGGUCUGCAUUCCAACUCCUGACUCCAAACCACCCCCUACACCAAUAUUGAUAAGAGUUAAAACAGCUGAAGAGGCUGAUGAAUUAUUGGAAACUCUGGAUAAAUAUAAAGCAUAAAAUUUUGAAAUGAUUACUAUAGCUGUAGGUAUUUUACUAUAACAUUCUUGAGAAAUCACUUUUGUAGUCUGUACUGAAAUGUAUAUGUAUGUACAAGUAGAAUCAAUACAAUAUGAAAGUGAAAAAUGUGUAUUUAAAUUGUUUUGGUAGUGUAUUUGUUUCAAUUAAUAAAUAUUUUUUUCUAAUGGUA